AUGGAUCCCAAGUCACAGGCUUGGCAGAAAGGGGCCCGAGCCCCGCCCCCCCGCCGCCCCCCGCAGUCCCAGAGUCAGGAUUUGGGGAAUAAAUCGUUUCCCCGCCGGCCGCCCACAGCCCUGGCCAGAGCCGCUCGCUGUUCCCCUCGGGAGGAAGCCGGGGAUGGGCCCGGAGAGCGGCCCCACUCCCAGCCUCCCAAGGGGUCCUCCAGCUGUCGCCCUCCAGCCUCCGGGGCAGGACCCCCCAUCCCGCCGCCGCGGGCGCGCGGCUCCGAGUCCGGGCGCGGGGCGGCAGGAGAGCCAGAAAGGGGCUCGGAGAGAGAGGAGACUCCAGACCUAGCAGAGGCUCUGGAAGGUCAUUGGCAACGGCCCACGAGGACGGAGCUUCUCCAACCUCCCGUGAGCCAGGGGCAAGGCCAGGCUCCGAACCCGUGUCCCCCCCCCAAGCCGCGGCUCCUCUCAGGAGAGCGGAUCAUUUUGCCUUCGGGGAAGCCCCCCGGGGAGCCCCCUCCGCUCCGGGAGCCUCCCCCCUUCCCCCUCCCCCGCUCCGGGAGCCCCCACUGCCCAGCUGCCUGCCUCUGCCCCGGGAGCCUCCCCCCCCCGCUGCCUCCCCGCGGAGCCUCUGCCCCGGGCCUUUUCGGAGGCCGCUGGUCCCCCCCCCGCUGCCCCCGGGGGUCUGGGCGUCGGCUCCUCCUCAGUCAGAGAAAUAACGCUUCCGAUGCCCCCGCCCCCGCCCCCGCCCCCGCCCCCGGGAAGCGCGUUGCUUCUCUCUGCGCCCGGGACCGAGCCCCGCUCGCCGGCCGAUUGCGGAGGCCUGAGGUGGGCGGGCCCCCCGCUCCGGCCCCGCAGACCCGGCCCAGGGCAGGGGGCGGGGCCCUCGUGACGUGGGCGGAUUCGAAUCCCGCCGCCCCGCCCCCAGCCCCCGCGGGGCUCCAUUCUCCGCCCGCGCGGAGCCUGGCUCCUCCCCCGCCCAGCCCAGCCCGGUCCAGCCCCGCGGCGGAGCCGAGUCGGACUCAGAGCGGCGCGCGCACAGGGCGAGCGCCCCAGCCUGGCCCUCCCGGCAGCCCGGGAUCCCGGAGCCGGACUCGCCCGCAGCCUCGCAGCCCUCUCGCCCGAAGGAAGCCCGCGCUGCUGCCGCGGCGCCCCCGGGAUCCGGCCGCGCUCGUUGGCCGGAGGAGCGGCGGCCCCGGGGAGCAGACACUAUGGGAACGAGGUGGGCGCCAUAGGGGUCCCGGCCCGGAAGAGCUUACCACCGGAAUGCCCGGUUCGGGGGCGGGCGCAAAGGUCGCCGACGAAGCGCCCGGCCGGGGCCGGGCCUCGGGCUAG